AUGUCUAGAAUUACCUAGGAAUUGUUAAGAAAAAGAGCAGAGCAUAAUGAAAUGAUGUUAACAAAUUUAGAAGAAAUUUCAAUUCAUUAGGAGGAAAUAGUGAAGAUUGAGAAUUUAGAUGUUUAUUGUAGACACUUGAAAAUAUUAUUGUUACAAAACAAUAUAAUCGAAAAGAUGGAAAACCUACAUAAACUGAGAGAAUUGGAAUACUUAAAUUUAGCAUUAAACAAUAUCAAACUAAUAGAAGGUAUUGAGAAUUGUGAAUCUUUAAUGAAACUGGAUUUGACAGUCAAUUUUGUGGAUCUUCAGAAUUUAGAAAAGUCUGUGCAAUGUCUACAGAAGUGCAGAUUAAAAGAGUUGUAUUUAACAGGGAAUCCAUGCACCGAUUGGCAAGGGUGUAGAGAUUACGUGAUUGGCUAAGUGGAUUCUCUUCACUCCUUAGAUGGCAAAGAAAUAACACAUACUGAGAGGAUAAAGGCAAAAUAAAUAUUACCUUAAUUGCAAAAGGAAUUAAUAUAUGCAAUCGAGGAAGAGAAGAUUAAGGAGGAGUAAAGAAUUCAUGAGGAGAAGAUCAGAAAAGAAAUGAAUCCAAAUAGUGAAGACAAAGUAGCUUAUACACCAGAGACACGUAAAGAGAUGUAUUUGAGACAAGCAAAAGAAAAAGAGGAAAAAGAAAGAUAAAGAAAUCCAGAGAAGUUCAUAGUAAAAUAAGAAACCCCAUUGUAUAUGAAUGACGGAAGAAUCAGACAAUGUGAUGAGGGAGGUUAUAAGCCUAUUGUAAAUAACUGGGAAGAUCCAGAAAAUGUCACAUUCAAAAUGAUUAUUCCUAAAUACCUGGACACUUCCUUGAUCUAAGUAAAUGUGAAUCCUACAUAUGUGUCUGUGAGAGUGAAGGGAAAACUUACUUAGAUUAGAUUGGAUGAGGAAGUGUUUGCUGAAAAAUCUAAGAUUUAAAGAUCAGAAAUUACUGGGGAAUUGGUUAUUACUAUGCCCAAAGUGAAUCCUAAUGAAAUAUUAAAAUAAAUAGCUGAGAGAAAGAAAAAAGAGGAGCAGUAGAAAUAAUAAGAGUAGAUGAAACAAUAAGAGAUGAAGUAGAAACAAGAGAAAUAGAAUUUAGAUUUAUUAAUAUAAAAAGCUUAAGCAAAAUUAACCUAACAAAUUGAUGAUGAUAUACCUGAUUUAGAAUGA